AUGCCCUCCGCUCAAGAACGUUUAAAAGAAGACGGCGCGGAGGAGAAGAAUAACGACUUCAGUAGUGAACCGAGUUCGAGAGCGUAUACACCUCCAUUACCACCUUUAGCGACGCCGGAAUACGUUCGAUAUUUACAAGAACAGCGACGUGGAGAUCUUGACACUGAAACGACGCCGUCGCAAACUGCUUCGGGGAACACAAGCGAUUCCGAAUUUCAACCUCCUCCUCCUUCUGACAGCAAAAACAAUACUAAUAAUAUUAAUAAGACUCGUCAGUCUUUUGCGAGUGCCAUAGAAGUAGAGGCGGGAAAUAAGGAAGACGAGAUGGAGAAGGAGCGGCGACGAAACGAAGACGUGACUUUCGCUCCUAUUAUUGGCCCAGACAGAAACCCAUCGCUCUCGGGAUCGAGAGCGAACUCGCACGAAGACUUAGUCGGUUUGAAUACGCGAGCGAUAAUGAACGCGGCGAACGAGAGAUAUAAAGAUCAAGCGCAAGAAGCCGCCAUGGAGACUCAGAAGAGAAAUUACACGGAGCUGAAAGACGUCGCGAUAUCGCUUUCGGAAGAUCCAGAGUCUCCGAGACAUCACAAGAACCUCACCACCACUUUCCCGAAACUCGGGAACAACAAAGGGUGGCUUCGAGUGGAUUCAACUGGACGCUUGACGAAGCUGACAAUUGAGAAGCACAAAAUUUCGCACAUGCUUCGGGUUCCUAUUCGAGAUUUAAGAGUACUCGAACCGGCGAUGAGCUCGUCCUACUCGACAUCCAUUUGGUGUCGUGAAAGAUCCAUCGUCGUCAACUUGGAGCAGAUUAAAAUCUUAAUCACGGCCGAGGAAGUCAUCUGCCCAGAUUCGAGGAAUUCCGCCGUGGUCGAGCGAUACAUUCCCGAGUUACAGCGUCGAUUACAAAGGCGGAUCAAAAUGAAAGAGUCUUCUCAAAAAGAAGACAAGGUGAAGAAGAAUAUGCCGGAAACGUUUUCCAGUUUCGCUCUGAACGAAGCCGCAGAGAAGAGUAAUAAAGAGAAAGAACAUCACGAACGCAAGCCUUCGAAUAGCGGAGGUUACACGUCUUUUGACGAAGAAGAGAUGAAAGGUCACGAAGGUGGCCACCAUCGCACGUCGUUCGAUACCUUUGGCGGACCCACGCCGGAAGGCUCGGAGUUUUCCUCCGAAGGUGGUUCGGACGAGACGUUGCCGUUUGAAUUGAUUGCGCUCGAAAUCGCUUUAGAGAUGGUAUGUAACGCGCUCGAAGUCGAAUCCGAUAAAGUCGAACGCGAAGGUAAACCGCAAUUGGAAAAGUUGAGACAAGACGUUAACCAGACCAACCUCGAAAAAGUUCGUCGCGUGAAGAAUAGAUUGGUUCGGAUCAAUGCGCGAGUCUCGAAAGUUCGAGAGGAAAUUCAGCGCUACUUGGAUGAUGAUUCCGAUAUGAGAGAUUUGUACCUGACUCGGAGAUUGAGAGAAGAGCUCAGACAAAACACGGCGCGUUCGAACAGAGAAAGUGGCGCGACGCCAUCACCAGCUGGUGCGAACAGGGGAGGGCGAGGGUUAGGUUCGCAACCGCCGUUAUCACCUUUGAAUCAGUCGCAAAGAACACCAAACCAGAUGCAAAAUUCUCCGAACGUGAACAGCGGACAGGUUCAAAUCAUCGGCCCAAACGGCGAGGUUUGGGACGAAGAUAAAGAUUUACAAGAAGUAGAGGAUUUGUUCGAAACGUAUUUCACUCAUAUCGAUUCGACGUUUAGAAAUUUAGAACAAUUGAACGAGUAUAUCGACGAUAUGGAAGAUUUGAUUGAGAUUGAACUGGAUAGUAAGCGGAACCAGCUUAUUAAGUUAGAGUUGUUGUUAACGACGGGAACGUUAUGCUUGUCCGGUUUCGGCGUCGUCGUGGGUGUGUUCGGGAUGAACAUUAGAAAUGGAUUGGAAGGUAGUCAGUCGUCGUUCGAGUUAGUCAUUGUCUUCUCCGUCAUCGGUAGCGUACUAACAUUCGCUGCUAUAGUCCAAGCGUGUCGGUACUUUAGAUUAUUUUAG